AUGGUGUCCAGUAAGUCGUCACUUCGCUUGCUGAACCCAUUCCUAGACGCUGAUGGACUUAUCCGUGUUGGUGGCCGGUUACAGCUAGCUGACGCACCCUACGACGUUAAGCACCAGAUCGUGCUCCCUGGAUUUCAUCCAUUUUCCCGUCUCAUGCUCAAGUACUACCAUCGUAAGCUAGUCCAUGGUGGAAUUCAGAUGACCCUCUCGGUCGUCCGUGAUGAGUUCUGGCCACUAAAUGGCCGGAAAGCCGUUCGGAGUGCUAUUCGGAGUUGUUACGAGUGCAGUAGAGCGAACCCGCAGCCAAUUCAACAACCGAUCGACCAAUUACCGAUUGCCCGAGUCACCGCAAAUGAAGCCUUUGUCUGCACAGGGGUUGAUUAUUGUGGUCCCGUUUUUUUGAAACCCGUUCAUCGCAAAGCUGCAGCCCGCAAAUCCUACAUCUGCGUUUUUCUAUGCCUGAGCACAAAGGCAGUUCAUCUCGAGCUCGUCAGUGACUUGAGCACGUCUGCGUUCUUGAUGGCUCUCGACCGCUUUGUAUGGAGAAGGAACAAACCUCAGCAUCUGUACUCCGACAACGGUACAAAUUUCGUUGGGGCCAUAAACUCUCUUCACAAGGUGUACCAGAUGCUGCAGCCUGGACCCGAAAGCGACCAAAUACGCAAGCGCCUCGCCGAAGAUAGCAUCCAGUGGCAUUUGAUCCCUCCACGCGCCCCCAAUUUUGGUGGAUUGUGGGAGGCCGCCGUAAUGGUGGCCAAGAUUCAUCUGGUUCGUCAACUUGGUUCUUCCUUGCUGUCCUUCGAAGAAUUAACGACAGUGUUGGUCAAAAUAGAAGGAUGUAUGAAUUCCCGCCUGCUACUGCCGCUUUCUAGUGAUCCAAACGACCUUGGAGCUUUAACCCCUGCACAUUUCCUCGUGCGGAACAUGAUUCGUCCACUCCCCGAAACCGACGUACGAACCAUACCGCUGAACCGACUCAACCAAUACGAGAAGCUCCAAAAGUACUCGCAGAACUUCUGGCACAGAUGGCGAAAUGAAUAUUUGAAGCAGCUGAACCAACAGUACUGCGCUAACCCAAAGCGCUACCAGAUCAACGACGGCGACAUCGUCAUCUUGAAGGAUGAAUCUCUCGCACCAGCACGCUGGCCGUUGGCCCGCAUCCUCGACACAUACCCUGGUACGGAUGGUGUGACCCGUGUAGCCACCCUUCGCACAUCCUCCGGAAUCCUGAAGAGAGCCGUAUCGAAGAUAUGUCCCUUGGAAUGUGCUACUGAGAACUGA